GAAAAAUCGGUUCAUUAUAAAUCUUUGUAUAAAUAGAGAUAAAUACUCUACAGCCAUUUCUUCCAAAUUUAUCGGUAAACAUUACUUUUUCGAGUUAACUUUUUCUAAAUUUAUAAUUUUGAUAUUCGAUAAAUCUGCUCAACUGCGUAUUUUAUUUGUAAAAUGGUAGUAUUUACUUGUGGGCACUGUGGAGAAUCGGUGCAGAAACCAAAAGUAGAAAAGCAUUACUUAACGAAAUGUAGAAAUCGCAAUCCAAACUUAUCUUGCAUGGACUGUUUUAAAGACUUCCUGGGCCAAGAUUAUGAAGGUCACAUCAAAUGUAUAACUGAAGAGGAAAGAUAUUCAGGCAAGGGAUUUAUGGCCAAAGAAAAGAAAGGAGAAAAAAAGCAAAAUGCUUGGGUAGAGAUGCUGCAAUCUGUAUUGGAUGAACAGAAGAAUGCUCCUUGCAACGUGUUAAGGAUUGUAGAAACUAUAAGUAAGCACAAUAAUACACCAAGAAAGAAGCCAAAAUUUGUCAAUUUUGUAAAAAAUGUUUGUGGACAUAAAACAAAUCCCAAAGAUAUUGAUCAAGCUUGGGAAUUGAUUUCUGUAAAGUUGUCUGCUUUGUCUACUAAUGGGACUCAAAACAAAAACCAAACUAAGACUAAUGACUCCAUUGAAAAUGGCCAAGAAACUAAUGGUGACAUAGCCAAGAAAACAACCAAUGGAAUUGCUAAUGGUGUUGAAAAGAUUGAUGAAUCAGAAAAUGGAAAGGAUGAAAGAGAAUCUAGUGACAUAGAUAAUGCAUUAGCACAAAAUGCAGACAAAGAAAACAUAGAAAAUGGGAAAGUAAAUGAUAAAAAAUUGACAAAGAAACAACGUAAAGAAGAGAAGAAACGAUUGAAGUAUGAGGCUGAAUUGCAAAGUGCUGAAGUGCCUUCAGUUGCUGCAGAAGACGAAGAAGAAACUGAGGUAACCAAUAAAAAAGGCAAAAAGAAGAAGAACAGGACAGAGUCCGUUACUAACAAUGAUGAGAAUAUCCAAACUGAUAGCAAGAACAAACAUAAGAAACGAAAGAGACAAGACACUACAGGUAGUGCUGUUGAAGUUGUCAUCAGCAACCCAGAGAAUAUUGAAAAUCCACCUGUUCUAACUGAAAAAGCACAGAAAAAGAAAUUGAAGAUAGAUGGGAAUGUUGCAGAAGACAGUAUCUGUCUUCAUGAUCAAAAUGUUGCUAAAGCUGAAGAUUUAGAAGAAAAUGUUGUUAAAAAUGAUAAAUUCAAUUGGCAUGCUGUAAUAUUAUCUGUAUUAGAGAAGAAAGGUAAUGAACUGCCAUUUAAGCGUUUGCAGAAGAAAGUUCUCUCAGAGUAUACUGAAAUGACUGGAAGAGAAGUUGAUGAUAGAAUUGCUGAUAAAUUUAUUAAAAAAUUGAAGAGUGCUCCUAAAGUUAAAGUUGAUAAAAAUAGAGUGUUUUUAGAGGAGUAAGAACCUCUACAGUAUAAUCUUGUAAUUUUUAUAAUUCUCUAAUAUAAGAGUGUUCUUUGCAACAUUACCUAGACUGUUUAGGUUUUCUUUUAAUGUACCUCUAUUUUAUUGCAUUUUUCUCUGAAAAUUAUGAAGUACUUAUACUACUGUACUGCCUUUUUAUAAUAAUGUGAGAUAAUAAAGUGAUGUACCAACUAUAUUUAUUUUCCUUAAAAAUAUAAUUAC